AUGGCCGACGUGUUCCCGGGCUCCGAGCCCGGCGCGGCCCCGGACGCGGCGCGGCGCUUCGCUCGCAAGGGGGCCCUGAGGCAGAAGAACGUGCACGAGGUGAAGGAGCACAAAUUCAUCGCGCGCUUCUUCAAGCAGCCCACCUUCUGCAGCCACUGCACCGACUUCAUCUGGGGAUUUGGGAAACAAGGAUUUCAGUGCCAAGUUUGCUGUUUUGUGGUUCAUAAGAGAUGCCAUGAGUUUGUCACCUUCUCUUGCCCUGGGGCUGACAAGGGACCUGACACUGAUGAUCCCAGAAGCAAGCACAAAUUUAAGAUCCACACGUAUGGGAGCCCGACCUUUUGUGACCAUUGUGGGUCACUGCUUUAUGGGCUUCUGCACCAAGGGAUGAAAUGUGACACCUGUGAUAUGAACGUUCAUAAGCAAUGUGUAAUAAACGUCCCAAGCCUCUGUGGCAUGGACCACACAGAGAAAAGAGGAAGGAUUUAUCUGAAAGCUGAAGUCACUGGUGACAAACUGGAAGUAACAGUGCGAGAAGCAAAAAACCUAAUUCCCAUGGAUCCAAAUGGACUUUCAGAUCCUUAUGUUAAACUGAAGCUCAUCCCAGAUCCUAAGAAUGAAAGUAAACAAAAAACAAAAACCAUCCGUUCUACUCUGAACCCAGACUGGAAUGAGUCAUUCACAUUUAAAUUAAAACCUACAGACAAAGAUCGACGGUUAUCUGUAGAGGUCUGGGACUGGGAUCGAACAACCAGAAAUGAUUUCAUGGGAUCUCUUUCAUUUGGGGUGUCAGAGCUUAUGAAAAUGCCAGCCAGUGGAUGGUACAAGCUGCUGAAUCAAGAAGAAGGUGAAUAUUAUAAUGUUCCAAUUCCAGAUGCUGAUGAAGAUGGAAAUGCAGAGCUCCGGCAGAAGUUUGAGGACUGUCAUGUAAAUAUCCGCUUCUUCAAGAAAGCCAAACUUGGGCCAGCUGGUAACAAAGUCAUUACUCCAACAGAAGACAAGAACUCAAGUGUGCCAUCCAACAAUCUGGACAGGGUGAAGCUGACAGAUUUCAACUUUCUCAUGGUUCUUGGAAAGGGGAGCUUCGGGAAGGUGAUGCUGGCAGACAGGAAGGGGACAGAGGAGCUCUAUGCAAUCAAAAUACUGAAAAAAGAUGUGGUGAUUCAGGAUGAUGAUGUUGAAUGUACAAUGGUUGAAAAACGAGUCCUGGCAUUGCAAGAUAAACCACCGUUCCUGACACAGCUUCACUCUUGUUUCCAAACAGUUGACCGUCUGUAUUUUGUUAUGGAGUAUGUGAAUGGUGGUGAUCUCAUGUAUCACAUCCAGCAAGUAGGAAAAUUUAAGGAGCCACAAGCAGUGUUCUACGCAGCUGAGAUCUCAGUUGGGUUAUUCUUUCUCCAUAACAGAGGGAUUAUUUAUAGAGAUCUGAAAUUAGAUAAUGUGAUGUUGGAUUCAGAAGGACACAUUAAAAUUGCUGAUUUUGGAAUGUGCAAAGAACACAUGUUAGAUGGAGUAACAACCAGGACCUUCUGUGGCACUCCAGACUACAUUGCACCAGAGAUUAUUGCUUACCAGCCUUAUGGGAAGUCUGUAGAUUGGUGGGCGUACGGAGUGCUGCUCUAUGAGAUGUUAGCUGGCCAGCCUCCAUUUGAUGGAGAAGAUGAAGAUGAACUUUUCCAGUCCAUAAUGGAGCAUAAUGUUUCCUAUCCGAAAUCACUGUCCAAAGAAGCUGUCUCCAUCUGCAAGGGGCUAAUGACUAAACAUCCCGCAAAACGCCUUGGCUGUGGCCUUGAAGGUGAAAGAGACAUCAGGGAACACGCAUUCUUCAGGAGAAUUGACUGGGAAAAACUGGAAAACAGAGAGAUUCAGCCACCUUUCAAACCUAAAGUGUGUGGCAAAGGUGCCGAAAACUUCGAUAAAUUCUUUACACGAGGACAGCCAGUACUAACACCUCCGGAUCAGCUGGUCAUUGCUAACAUAGACCAAACAGAUUUUGAGGGGUUCUCUUACGUCAACCCCCAGUUCGUACACCCCCUUUUACAAAAUGUAGCAUGAAACAGUAGAACAGGAACAAAUCCCACAGU